AUGUUGUCCACAAUGGUUCGCCCGGAGGAUACCAUCCGAGUACCUCGUCCAUACCGUGGAGAUACCGAUGACGAUGAUGGAAGUAGGGGAACGCCAGAGCCAAUAUUUCCUCCUCUUCCGCUGAAUGAUGACGGACCGCCUAGAAAUGAAGACGAAUCUAUAAAAAGUAAUGGGUCUACAGUCGAUAGUUCUGGUAGCAGCAAGCAUCAUUCAGGGCCGAGAUUGCUUUUGCCCGAGGAGAUAAUCGAACUUGUUCGCCGUGCAGUUGAAAACGGAAUACAAGAGACCAAACGCUCUUUGGCAGGAAGCGAGGCUGUUGGUGAUGUUGUCAAACCGAAGCUGACUAUUAAUAUUGGCCACUCCAACCUGGGCCAUAUUCCCGAGGCGGUGGUCGAUAUCAUCAAAGACGAAGUUGAAAGACUCUCUUUGUCGACUAACCACAUCUUUCACAUCCCCCAUAGAUUUGCGGAAUGCUCUCACCUGCGGUACCUUAACAUCAGAGAAAAUGUUUUCCGUGAAUUUCCAAAAGGAAUCUACAAAUUACCACACCUCGAAAUAUUGGAUCUCAGCGGAAACAAGAUUAAACAUUUACCGGAAGACAUAAAGAAAUUAACUUCACUGCGUGUCUUGUCGGUGAUGCAAAAUCGCCUAGGAGAACUACCGCUUGGACUCUCUGAUAUGAACAAGUUGCAGAUUCUGAAGGUCGCUGGGAAUCCUUUGCGGUACCCCCUGCGACGGGUCUUAGAAAUUUCAGAAACGGAAAUUGCUCCAUCCUUCAUGUCCGACAAUGAGAAAGAAGUUGCGGUCACUGCCGAAUUGAAGAAAUUCUUGAAGACCCGCCAGCCUGCCGCUCUUGAGAUGGAAAGUAGCAGUGAGGCGAGUGAGGGUGUGUUGGAUACGCCCAAGCCAGUUAAGCGUGGAUUAAGCAGUCGUUUCCCCGUGAUUCCAAGCACUGGCGAAGGCGCCUCCGGUUCCAGGUCACCGUCGCUGUCGCGCCCCCCGCCUAUCCCGAUAAAAUCCCAUUACCGCAUUGCCUCUGGGCAGAGUACCAGCUUUCAAAACAACAUCAUCCAGCGACCUGGUGUGACCCCUCUUCCAGGGGUGAAUGAACGCAAUCGGAGCAAUAGUGAGGGCAUAAUCCAAGCCUCCCUCGCCGCGCGCAGUAAGCGCAUGGGCGUCAUCCGGAAGAACACUGAUUUAGGUACUCUGGACGAAACACGGCCAUACCGAAACAGUCAUUUGCGGGGACUUAGUCACGGUUCCCUCCUAAGAACAAGACCAUCCGGCGCCGCGAAUUCUCAUAGCCCAAGUAGCCCAAGGGAUCGCAGGCGCUUGAAAGAUGGAUUCGUCAACCGGAUGUCAAGCCUACCAGAGCACAAGGGCGAGAAAGAAGCGGGGGAGCCCAUAAUUGACUGUGCUAGGGGCAUACUAUUCGCUCUUGUUCAAGUCCAGUCCCAUGUGACUGCUUUGAUAAAUGUGAUCAGAAGUGACGAUUCUCGGGGGAACAAUCUUGAACUUGUUUUCUACAAUGCCUCCACACAUGUAGAGCGACUCAACGAUGCUCUGGAUAAAGCGGAAAAUAACCAGACUGAUGACCCAGACCUGAGGAGGUUGUCCAAUGAUAACGUCAAGCAGGAAUGUAUGACGUGCAUCAUGGUCUACACUCAUGUUGGCACGCAACUCCGCAAUAGUCUUGACAAGAUCGUUGCCAACGGCGACUCGCGCUACGUGCGCUCGUUGAUGCUUAUGAUGUAUGGCAGUGUGGCUGAACUAAGGAAUGCCUGCACAAGCCUUGGAGCUCCGCUACAACCCCGCAAACAACUGUCCAUUGGCAAGCUUCCUAUUCCAGAAAUAACCAAGGAACCGGCUGGCCCGGAACGGUUUGUUGGGCCAACAGUGACGCCAACAAGGGGAGAUAAUUCGUUACCAAUGCGCCGAUUCCGCAGCGACACAACGGUUCAACACCCUCAGAUUACAAUGAAUGGUCCAUUGCCAGCGUCAUCAAAUUAUCAAUCCGCAGUCAGUUCGCCUGGAUUUGGCUCUACACCCUUCAGCUUUGGACAACGAAGUCGAUCAAGCAGCAGAUCUAAUCUCAUCAAUACGUCGGUACCAUCCUCACUUGCAACGCCUCGUUCGGGAGAGACAUUUCCACCCAUACCUAGCUCGGUUGUUCCUCGGAUAAACCCUCUGACCGGACUAGACGAAAUAGAAGAGGAACGCAUCUUCGAGAAGAUCUUUUACCAGCUCACAGCGGCCUACACGGCUGCUCUCCAAGCGCUACCUCUGGCCCGUCGUCAGUUUAUGCGAUGUCUCGAGGUAGCAGAACAGGCACGAGGAUCUGAAGGCAUUCAGAUGCUUUGGAAUAAUCUCAUCCGCCGUUGUCGUGUAUGCUUGGAAGUAUCGGAGGCACUUGGUCUCCGCCUAUCCAACAUGAAGGUCAAGGAGCCAGGAGGGGGAAUGCGGAACCAUCGAGAGUUCUGGCAACUCUGCAAAGGCUUCAUGCAGUCCUUUGUUGAUCUAGUGACCGAUAUGCGAGAGGUCAAAAGCAUGCAACUUCUCCCUCCCGAUAUUGUCAUCAUUCUUCGUCCAGUUCAGAGGGCAAGUAGAGAGGCCGGUCGAUUGAUCGAAACGUCGCCCUGGUCGUAUCUUGCAGACAUGGCGUCGGCGAAUGCGCCACCAAACAUUUACGGUCCACCUCUGCAGGCACCACAUUCGCAGAAUCCGUCGUCUAUGUCCACACCGAAUGGAUUUCAAAUCCACUCAAGUCUGUCCCCCCAGACUAUGGCGAUCCCCGCAACUCCCCUAAGUGCUGCUCUCGGCCCUGCUGCACAAGCAACCAUACCAACCACACCGGCAAGUGCGUACAGUGACAAAUUUUUUGAGGGAGAUGUCUUCCAAAGAGCUGACUCAUUACUUUCAAUGCCAAAUCAAACGCCAUUUUUCACACGCCGGUGA